GUAAUUACAAUAAUGAAGCGGAAUGUCAAGUAAAUGAGGAGAAAAAAACGAACGUUUUGCAGCUCGAUAAUCAAGAGGAUGUCCUGAAAGCCGCCAAAUCUCUGUUUUCCAAAAGAACAAGGACUUUGUACCAUUGGAUGUACCCAAACACGCCCAAAUUCCAUCUGAAAUCGGCGGUGGCUUUGGCGUGGGACAUGAUGGGUCCUCAGGAAAAGCAAUUUUACAUCUCACAAGUUUUAGGGAAGUUUGGGUAUUUGCAGAACAGUUUGAUGGUGAAUCCGCAACUGGGCGGAUUGACUCUACCAUUUCUUCCGAUUCCUCCGCAAACCGAAGUACCCGAUUUGGGUAAUGUGGAAACGAGAAAUGCCGUUUCGAAUUUGCUCCAGGAAAACCCGAACACCUGGCCGCAGUCGUCUCAAACCGCUCAAACGUUGAAACGCAGAGGAAGACCCAGGGGAAGUAACAAACGCUCCAGCAAGACGAAACCUUUCCGGAACAGGAAACAGUACCUCCGUGCAAACGAAGGAAUGGACGAUUUCACGGAUGACCCGGAACUGAGGAAAGAGUUGGAGCAGUUCCAGUGGGCUCUGCAUAUGGUCGACAAGUAG